AUGAGAACUUCUGGGAGGCACGAUGUCUCCCUCAAGAUUGUGCUGGCCAUGGGUUGCCUCCUCCUGGUCGGCUUCUCAGGGGCCACAUCAGCAGCAGUGGCAACUGAGUGUCCUGAUCAGAGUCCCGAGCUGCAGCCUUGGACCCCUGGCCAUGACAGAGACCAUCAAGUACACAUUGGCCAUGGCAGGAAACUACUGCUUACCUCUUCUGCCACAGUCCACUCUAUCACUAUCUCAGGGGGAGGAAAGCUUGUCAUUAAAGACCACCACGAGCACAUCGUGCUGCGCACCCGGUACAUCCUAAUUGAUGAUGGUGGAGAGCUGCAUGCUGGGAGUGCCCUCUGCCCUUUUGAGGGCAAUUUCAGUAUUGUGCUAUAUGGAAGGGCUGAUGAAAACAUCCUGCCGGACCCUUACUAUGGCCUGAAGUACAUCGGAGUGGACAAAGGAGGCACUCUAGAGUUACAUGGGCAGAAAAAGCUUUCCUGGACUUUUCUAAACAAGACCCUUCAUCCUGGUGGCAUGCAAGAAGGAGGAUAUUUUUUUGAAAGGAGCUGGGGGCACCGUGGAGUCAUUGUUCAUGUCAUUGACGCCAAAUUGGGCACAGUUGUCCAUUCUGACCGGUUCGACACUUACAGAUCCAAGAAAGAGAGUGAACGUCUGGUCCAGUAUUUGAAUGCAGUGCCCGAUGGCAGGAUUCUUUCUGUUGCAGUGAAUGAUGAAGGUUCUAGAAACCUGGAUGACACAGCCCGGAAGGCAAUGACCAAACUGGGCAGCAAGCACUUUCUCCACCUUGGAUUUAGACACCCUUGGAGCUUCAUCACCGUGAAAGGAAAUCCCUCAUCUUCAGUUGAAGAUCACAUUGAAUACCAUGGUCACAAAGGCUCGGCUGCUGCCCGGGUUUUCAAACUGUUCCAGACAGAGCAUGGCGAACAUUUCAAUGUUUCUUCAUCCAGCGAAUGGGUUCAAGAUGUGGAAUGGACGGAGUGGUUCGACCAUGAUAAGGUGCCUCAGAGCAAAGGUGGGGAGAAAAUUUCAGAUUUGCGAGCAGCUUACCCAGGAAAAAUCUGCAAUCGACCCAUUGAUAUACAGGCCACAACAAUGGAUGGAGUCGCCCUCAGCACUGAGGUUGUCUACAAGAAUGGCCAAGAUUACAGGUUUGCUUGCUACACCCGGGGCAGAGCCUGCCGCAGCUAUCGAGUACGAUUCUUAUGUGGAAAACCAGUGAGGCCCAAACUCACAGUCAGCAUCGACACCAACGUAAACAGCACCAUCCUGAGUCUGGUGGACAAUGUGCAGUCAUGGAAGCCUGGAGACACUCUGGUCGUUGCCAGCACUGACUACUCCAUGUACCAGGCAGAAGAGUUCCGGGUGCUCCCCUGCAGAGCUUGCAGCUCUACACAGGUUAAGGUGGCAGGGAAGCCCCAGUACCUACAUAUUGGGGAGGAGAUUGAUGGUGUAGACAUGCGGGCUGAGGUCGGACUCCUAACUCGGAACAUUGUGGUGAUGGGGGAGAUGGAGGACAGAUGCUAUCCCUACAGCAAUCACAUCUGUGACUUCUUUGACUUCGAUACCUUUGGGGGCCACAUCAAGUUUGCACUGGGGUUUAAAGCUGUCCACUUGGAGGGUGUGGAGCUGAAGUACAUGGGGCAGCAGCUAGUGGGCCAGUACCCAAUUCACUUCCACCUGGCUGGAGAUUUGGAUGAACGGGGAGGCUAUGACCCACCUACGUACAUCAGGGAUCUCUCCAUUCAUCACACAUUCUCCCGCUGUGUCACUGUCCACGGCUCCAAUGGUCUGUUGAUCAAGGAUGUCGUGGGCUAUAAUUCUUUGGGCCACUGCUUCUUCACUGAAGAUGGGCCAGAGGAACGCAACACUUUUGACCACUGCCUUGGCCUCCUUGUUAAGUCGGGGACCCUCCUCCCGUCGGAUCGGGAUAGCAGGAUGUGCAAAGUGAUCACAGAGGACUCAUACCCAGGGUACAUUCCCAAGCCCAGGCAGGACUGCAAUGCUGUGUCCACUUUCUGGAUGGCAAAUCCCAACAACAAUCUCAUCAACUGUGCAGCUGCCGGGUCUGAGGAAACUGGAUUUUGGUUCAUUUUUCACCAUGUGCCCACAGGCCCCUCCGUGGGAAUGUACUCCCCAGGUUAUUCUGAGCACAUUCCACUGGGGAAAUUCUACAACAACCGAGCACAUUCUAACUACCGGGCUGGCAUGAUCAUAGACAAUGGAGUCAAGACAACUGAGGCUUCAGCAAAGGACAAGCGGCCCUUCCUUUCCAUCAUCUCUGCCAGGUACAGCCCUCACCAGGAUGCAGACCCGCUGAAACCCCGGGAACCAGCCAUUAUCCGACACUUCACCGCCUACAAGAAUCAGGAUCAUGGAGCCUGGCUGCGGGGUGGGGAUGUAUGGCUGGACAGCUGUCGGUUUGCUGACAAUGGCAUCGGUCUGACCCUGGCCAGUGGUGGAACGUUUCCAUAUGAUGAUGGCUCCAAGCAGGAGAUAAAGAACAGCUUGUUUGUUGGCGAGAGUGGCAAUGUGGGCACAGAAAUGAUGGACAACAGGAUCUGGGGCCCAGGUGGCUUGGACCACAGUGGAAGGACCCUCCCUAUUGGCCAGAAUUUUCCAAUUAGAGGAAUUCAGUUCUACGACGGUCCCAUCAACAUCCAGAACUGCACCUUCCGAAAGUUCGCAGCCCUCGAGGGCAGGCACACUAGUGCCUUGGCCUUCCGCCUAAACAAUGCCUGGCAAAGCUGCCCCCACAACAAUGUGACCAACAUUGCCUUUGAGGAUGUCCCGAUUACUUCCAGAGUGUUCUUCGGCGAGCCUGGGCCCUGGUUCAACCAGCUGGACAUGGAUGGGGACAAGACAUCUGUGUUCCAUGAUCUGGAUGGCUCUGUGUCGGAGUACCCUGGCUCCUAUCUCACUAAGGACGACAAUUGGCUGGUUCGACACCCAGACUGCAUCAACGUCCCAGACUGGAGAGGGGCCAUCUGCAGUGGGCGCUAUGCACAGAUGUACAUCCAGGCCUACAAGAGCAGCAAUCUGCGCAUGAAGAUCAUCAAGAAUGACUUCCCCAGCCACCCUCUCUACCUGGAGGGCGCCCUCACCAGGAGCACCCACUACCAGCAGUAUCAGCCUGUCAUCACCCUCCAGAAGGGCUAUACCAUCCACUGGGACCAGACAGCCCCUGCUGAGCUUGCCAUCUGGCUCAUCAAUUUCAACAAGGGUGACUGGAUCCGAGUGGGGCUCUGCUACCCAAGAGGCACCACCUUUUCCAUCCUUUCAGAUGUUCACAAUCGUCUGCUAAAGCAAACAUCCAAGACUGGGACCUUUGUGAGGACCCUGCAGAUGGACAAAGUUGAACAGAGCUAUCCUGGCAGGAGCCAUUACUACUGGGAUGAGGAUUCUGGGUUGCUCUUCUUGAAGCUGAAAGCCCAGAACGAAAGGGAGAAAUUUGCUUUCUGCUCCAUGAAGGGUUGUGAGAGAAUCAAAAUUAAAGCUCUGCUCCCAAGGAACGCAGGCAUCAGCGACUGCACCGCCACUGCUUACCCCAGGUUCACUGAGAGGGCCAUAGUGGAUGUGCCAAUGCCCAGGAAGCUCUAUGGGGCUCAGCUGAAGACAAAAGACCACUUCCUGGAAGUGAAGAUGGAAAGUUCCAGGCAGCACUUCUUCCACCUUCGGAAUGACUUCUCUUAUAUUGAAGUGGAUGGGAGGAAGUACCCUUGCUCAGAAGAUGGCAUCCAGAUAGUGGUGAUUGAUGGGAAUCGAGGUCACGUGGUGAGCCACGGCAGCUUCAGAAAUGCCAUUCUGCAGGGCAUACCCUGGCAACUCUUCAACUACGUGGCAGCUAUCCCUGACAAUUCAAUAGUGCUCAUGGCAUCCAAGGGCAGAUACAUCACCAGAGGCCCAUGGACCAGGGUGCUGGAAAAGCUUGGGGCAGACAAAGGUCUCAAGUUGAAAGAAAAGAUGGCGUUCGUCGGCUUCAAAGGCAGCUUCCGACCCAUCUGGGUGACUCUGGAGACUGAGGAACACAAGGCCAAAAUCUUCCAAGUGGUGCCCAUCCCUGUGGUGAGAAAGAAGAAGCUGUAA